AUGUGGUCUCUCGUCUCGAUCGCCCCCUAUGCCACCGUCUUGGGGCUGGUGGGCUUCAUGUACUUCGCGGUCGGUCCGUUUGUCGGAUAUAUUCGAGAUCCCAAGGGCCUCCGCCGAUAUCCUAACAUGAACUUCUUCUCGGGCAUGUCUGCUAUCCCCUUCAUGAUCCUCGCUUCGCGCGGAUUCCGAUCCAAAGAACUGCACGAGAUGCACCGGAAAAAGCCCGUCAUUCGCACGGGGCCCAACAUGCUAUCCUACGGCGAUGUACGUGCCAUCAAGGACAUCUAUGGUCACAAUACGCGCUGCAUCAAAGACCCCUCGUAUGUAAUAACGGCCGGCUCGCACUACCAUCUCGCCGACGUGGUCGAUCGCCCCGACCACUCGCGCAAGCGCAAGGUGCUCUCGUCGGCCUACGCGCUCAAGAACCUGGAGACGUGGGAGUACAAGGUCAGCGACAAGAUUGAGAAGGUGGUGGCCCACUUCGACAAAGUCUGCACGGCGCCGCCAAAGUCGGCCGCGGUGGCGGCCGGCACGCAGGCUCUGGAUGCCUGCGAUCUCACGGUGGACUUUCGCGCCUGGACGAACUUCUUCUCCCUCGACGCCAUCGCCGACAUCGGGCUGUCCGAGAAGCUGGGAUUCUUGGACUCGGGGACCGACGUCUGCAUCGCCGAGCGCAAGGACGGGUCGACGUACGAGGUCAAUCUCCGCAAGGCGCUGUACCCCACGGCGCGCAAGCAAUCGCUCAUCCUCUGGAACUACGAGUGGUACCCGGUGCUGAACAAGCUGGUCAACGUGAUCCCGUACUUCAACCGCAUGCAGAAGUCGUCCGAGGACUGGGAGAACAUCGUGUGGCGGCGAUCGAUGGAGCGGCUGCGGCGGUACGAGGCGGGCGAGAAGCUGGAGGACUUCUUCCAAGCCCUCAUGGAGGACAAGAACGGGCGCGCCAACAAUCUCGAAUGGGGCGAGGUCGUCGCCGAGAUGAACAUCAUGAUGAACGCCGGCAGCGUCACCACCGCCAUCGCCAUCGCCAACGUCAUGUACCAGCUGCUGCGCAACCCGGCCUGUCUGCGCACGCUGCGCGAGGAGCUCGACGCCGUGCUGGACCCCGACGAGAUCGUCGCCCCCUACGAUAAGAUCAAGCAUCUGCCGUACCUGCGCGCCUGCCUGGACGAAUCCCUGCGCAUCUUCCCGCCCACCUCGCACGGUCUCCCGCGCGAGACGCCCCCGGAGGGCAUGGAGAUCCUGGGCCAGUGGGUGCCCGGCAACACGUCGGUCAGCAUGUCGGCGUACGUGGCGCACCACGACGAGCGCGCGUUCCCCAAGUCCGACCAGUACAUCCCCGAGCGAUGGCUCGGCGAGGAAGGCAAGGCGCUGCAGCCGUACUUCGUGGCGUUCUCGGCCGGGGCGCGGUCCUGCAUCGGGCGGAAUAUCUCGUAUCUAGAGCAGACGAAGAUCCUGGCGACGGUGGUGCAUCGGUAUGAGUUUGCGCUGCCGCAUCCCGGAUGGGAGCUGAAGCGGCUGGAGACGAUGAAUCUGAUUCUGGGAGAUAUGCCGGUGAAGGUGUGGCGAAGGACCGAUCUAUGA